UUCGAGAGGCGGACAUAGAACGCAGCUAAAAGAGAAGCGCACAGGGAAUAGGGAGUGGAAGAGAACAGAGCGAGGAAGGCAGGCAAUGGUGGAAGAGAACUGACAGACGAACGCGGAGUAAGGACCGUUUUUCGUGGUCCUUUGUGCUCACUCAUCGGUACAGACCUGAUUGUCGUCAGCGUCAGCGUCUUUCUCGAGUUCCUCUUAAUUGACUGUUGUAGGUUGGAGGAACAAGAUUGGAUUCAGUGGAAGAGAGGUCUCUUGAAAGUCUCAGGGCAAAGGAGAAUUUCAAAGCAAAGGGUGUGGGAAGCAAGUUAACGAGGACAUAACGAGGACAUGGCGGAAAUUGAUCCCUGUGUGCCAAUUGAUGUGAGGAUUGAAGGCCCUGGAGGUAUCAUUUUUCUGAAACAUCCAGUUUUCGUCCGUCCCGAGGCAACCUUCUACGAGGCUCGGUUGCAGAUUGUGGUUCAGAAUGUGUGGAGAGAUCCCUUUGUGUUCGUUGUGCAGAAGGAUGGAAAGGCGUCUGUUUUGAACACGGCGCAGGAGGCAUUGUUUAGGUGUACAAGGGGAGGAUUGCUCUUGCGACCUGGUGGAGGAGGUGGGGGACCGAGUGGGGAAGGUAAGGCUGAGAAACCAGGGACGACCAAAGGCGUAGGAAAAGACAAUCCUAGAGGGGCUGGAAAAGAAAAGGAAAAAGGCAAGGAGGUGGGGGGUAAACCGAAGGAUGGUGGUGGCGAGCCGAAGAAGCCCAAGUUUAAGGAUGAUGGAGGGAUGUAUUAUUAUGAAGGGAAGGGCAGGGUGGAUGGUGAGAAAAUUGCUGCGUACGACUGUCCCACGCCGUCUAAUCUUGGCCCAAAGGGGCCCAAGCCUCAGAAGGGUUCGAAGAGUCCCCCUCGACGUGCAAGUUCACCUACAUUUUCCAUCUCAAAGCCAUGGUCAGAUCAUCAGUGCCACUCACUUUGCCACUGUCAUUGCAGACAUCCACGAACUGCGCUCAUGUGUAAUGACCCGCUACGGUACUGGGAGAUCAUUGCGGAAUCGCUCAGGGAGAAGUUGAGAGCCGAGAACCGCACUGACCGCUUCCACAUCAUAGUUGGGCACGAGGGUGGGGAGGACAUAGUCAAGGACAUGCUGUGCCUGAAGCGAGUGCGGCGCCGUCAUCAGGCACUCUGGUAUUUUUACUGGUACGCAUUACAGCGACUUCUUUGUGGCUCAGUUGGCAAGACGCGGCCUUCACAGCAGCAGGUGGUGGUUGUGGAAGGAGAGAAUGUGGAAGGAGGUUGUCGAGUUUCACGCAACUGGAAGCUGACGUCGUAAAGCCGUGCAAUGUAGAACAUCACUUCCCGCUGGGGCACUUGGGUAGGCAGCAGGCGAGGGUGAACAGGUGACCUUUCUAGCUGUGCGCACCGACUCUUGCAGAUGUGUCAACGACUCGACGCACAACAGCUUACCUAUUCGUUUUCUUCAUCUUAAAGGCGGUCGGAUCAGGGAAGUCGCCGAGACUUGGCUUUACUAAGUCUAUUUGCCUGUUGGCAGUUUGCAGUGCUGACAGGAAGCAGGUGAGGGUGAACAGGUGACUUUUCUAGCUGGGCGCACUGACUCUUGCAGCUGUGUCAACGACUCGGCGCACAGCAGUUUACCUAUUUGCCUUCUUCAUCUUGAAGGCAGUCGGAUCAGGGAAGUCUCCGAGACUUGGAUUUACUAGUCUAUUCGCCUGUUGGCAGUUUGCAGUGCUGACAGGAAGGCUGUGAUGAUGCUUGUAUCAAACCACCAGUACAACCAGGCCUGGACACGCUGCACUGGGUGCCUAGCUUUGUCCAACCGCCAGAGGCACAGUUUAUUUGUUUUAUGGCUGGUGCCGCCAGCCAUUGUGGCCCGGUACGCCUGAGGCACGAUAUUUGCGGAGUAGGCGAUGAGUGGAUUUCUACAAGGCUGUGGCCGUGUACCGGUGGCUUAAGAUGACAGAAAUUGGGUUGGCUUCUUAGCAAAGUGAGCGUGCAAAAAAUUACACCCAAUGGAGGUGAGUUUACUUCGAGUGUGGACCUGCAUCUGCCCCUACAAGAAAAAUACGGAAUGAGAGAGAGAGAGAGAGAGAGAGAGAGAGAGAGAGAGAGAGAGAGAGAGAGAGAGUAUUUUCCGUGUUAGUGCGUGGCCCAAAAC